UCCUAACAUAAUUCUUUUCACCAAAUUUAAGAGAAUCCUGUGAUCCUCAAUCUGAACAGUCAAAAGUAAAAUCCAAAGGCUGUGAUCCUCCUCCAUCCAAAUUAUAUGUUACCUCCUGCGUCCGUAAAUCCGUGUGCAUCAGGUGGGGGAAAUUGGAGGAAGGGGACCCAGAGAAUUUGGGGUUUGAGGGGAUCUAAACAUCUGUGCUUACUGCACUCCAAGAACCAGAGGGAGUGGGGUCGCUGUGGUGGAUCAGUGGAAGAACUCGAGAAACUAAGUAAGUGGGGAGGAAGGAGGUGUAAGGAAGAGAAGAAGUGAAGAGAGAAAGGGGAUGGAGGAAGCGUCGGCUGGGGGAACCAGUGGUGGAGGCGGAGGUGGUGAUGGUGGCGGUGGCGGCUCCGCGGACUCCUACAUUGGGAGCUUUAUCAGCUUGACGUCCAAGUAUGAGAUUCGUUACGAGGGCAUCCUCUACAACAUCAACACCGAAGAGUCCAGUAUUGGGCUGCGGAAUGUAAGAUCAUUUGGAACUGAAGGACGUAAAAAAGAUGGCCCACAGAUCCCUCCAAGUGACAAAAUUUAUGAGUAUAUACUUUUUCGUGGAAGCGACAUCAAGGAUUUACAGGUGAAGUCAUCUCCACCUGUACAGGCACCGCCCAUUGUGCACAAUGACCCUGCUAUUAUACAGUCCCACUAUUCACAGCCAGUGUCAAUAACUACAAACAUGAGUUCAGGUGUGAGUGGUUCUGUUAUGGAUCUUAGUUCGCAAGGAGCACAUUUAACAAGGACUGCAUUUCAAGGUGGCUUGCCUUUGUACCAACCUGGUGGCAGCAUAGGCUCAUGGGAACCUUCAACUUCAGCCCCCAAUGUGAAUGGUAGUGGCCUUGGUGUGCCAAUGUAUUGGCAAGGAUUAUAUGGGCCUUCAAAUGGUCUUCCUUAUGUCCAGCAGAUUCCCUUGCAUUUUCAACCAUCUGGCCUGGCAAUUCCCCAAGCUAUGCCGCAAAAUCUACUAUAUCCUGGUGUACAUCCACCCAUUGGUACAAGCUCGGCAACUCUGCCAGAGUGCUCAAAUCUUAUUCUUCCGGCUGUUAGUUCUGUUGCUUCAGUUUCUGUUUCCUUGCCUUCAGCAUUGGCUCCAUCUGAGGCCAUGCCAUUGGCUUCUGGAACGUCACCUAGUCUUGACUUGAACAAGGCUUCUUUGACUUCCCUGUCUCCUGCUGAUGCAAGCACGACCUUACCAUUGACGGCUUCAUUAAGCUCCUUUACUCAAGAAAUAAAUGCCAUAGUUACACCGAUUCCAACUAAACUAAAACUAGACUUGGUACCAACUUUGACUUAUCAAUCUCCAUCUCAGUUAAUGCCACCCAUUGUGGGGGCUUCUACAUCAGUGCAUUCUGAAACUUCUGUACCAUCUUUGAUUACGCCUGAUCAGCUUUUGCAACCUGGACCUUCCUCUUUAUUGAAGCAUUCAGUGCAGACAGCCCAGAAAGAUGUGGAAGUGGUAAACUCAUCAACGUCCUUGGCAGAGUCACCGGCUUUAGUUUCAACGGAUGUGAAAGGGCCACUGUUGCCAUUGCCUAGAUCUUCUGAUCAAAAGAUAAAUGGAGCUUUUGGAGUUUCGCCUGUUAACAAUAGAAGCCAUGGGAGAGGAAGAGGCUAUGUGGGAUAUGGUGCUGCACGUAGUGUGACACAGUUCACAGAAGAAUUUGAUUUCAUGGCAAUGAAUGAAAAGUUUAAAAAGGACGAAGUAUGGGGACAUCUUGGUAAAACUCAAGCACAACAAAGGGACAAAAAUCUAGAUCUAGAGGAGGAUAAUGAUGUUGAGGAGAAAGAUGACGUCAGACAUCCAACAUUUGAGGUGAAGCCUCUUUAUGUCAAGGAUGAUUUUUUUGACUCACUCUCUUGCAAUUCACUGGAUCGAGGAUCUCGGAAUGGCAGAACGAAGUUCUCUGAGCAGAUGAAACUAGACGCAGAAACUUUUGGUGACUUGCCUAGGCCCAGGGGAGGCUAUGGUGGUCGUGGAGCUGGUCGACGUGGAAACUUUAGGGGUUCAUACUAUAGAGGAAGAGGAUAUGGUUAUGGAGGUAGAGGGCGUGGGUUGAUAUCAACUCGUGGUCCAUAGAGAUUUGCACCACGAUUUUGCUGCUGACAUCAUUGUCUGUUUUGCUAACAAUAUGGGCGUUGUUACCUCCUCCGUGGGGGAACAGAGAAAGCAAAAACGUUGCAUCCGAUCUUGUAGGGCCUCGACAGUAAUGGUGAGUGAUUAGUUGCAUAAACCCUAUUAGGUUGCCUACAAGCUUCACGUUCUGGAACUUUUGUCCUUACUAAGUUUAUCGAAUAAACUCCAUACCCAAACAUAUCAGAACUAUGGAAACGAAGUUGCUUUUGUUUAUUAUAUAAAUGCACGUAUGUAAAGCAUUAAGUUGAUCUGCACCUUGAGGUUUAGAUUGUUAUGAUGCAUACCUCACCCGAUGCUGUGGGCACUUCACGUUUGGAGAGAGCCGUUGGGUGGUUCCCUUGACGUGGUGCCUGACGUCGACUGCUGUCCUGUUCUUAUUUCAUUUUAGGAUCGCCAUUUUCUUCUUCUUUUCUUUUCUUGUAUGAAUUGGUAACUAGACCUGGAUCUUUAAGCUCGUUUGUUGAUUGAUUUUUAAAGAUAUCCUGAGAGCAUAUAAAAUGGAAGUUCUUGUUCUUUGAUGA